UCCGGCUUCCGGUUGUGUUUGUGUACUCUGGCUCUGGCUGCUGCUGCUGCUCGUCGUUGCCUGCCUGGCUUCAAACAAAACAAAACGAACGACGACAACAUGGCUACGGCCGCGUCGUCCGGUGACGACGUGAGGAAGGAGCUGACCUGCGCCAUCUGCCUGGACUUCUUCAAGGACCCGGUCAUCCUCAAGUGCGGACACAAUUUCUGCCGCUUCUGCAUCUGCAUGCACUGGGACGAAAAUGGCGGAGACUACGGCUACCAUUGCCCGCAGUGUCGAACGGUGUUCAACAAGAGGACCUUCACCAAGAACUACCUGGUGCAGAACCUGGUCGCCAAGAUCGACGACCUGGAGUGCUUGGGUUCGAGUCCGACGCCCGCCAAGCCGCUCAAGGUGGACGGCAAGUGUGAGCUGCACGGCGAGGAGCUCAAGUUGUACUGCCAGACGGACAAGAGGCCCAUCUGCGUGGUGUGCAGGGAGUCCCGGUCGCACAGACAUCACGAGGUGGCUCCAGUCUCAGAAGUUGUCCAUGACAUGAAGAUGGAGUUGCGUCUGCGUCUGAUGGAGCUCAACUGGCACAAGUCUCAGUGCCUCAAAGUCAUCACUGCCGACGAGCGCACCGUAACGGACGUCAGGAUGAAGAAGCAGCGUCUGAAGGAGAGGGUGGAGGCGGACGUGGGCGCGCUGGUCCAGUUCCUGCUGGACGAGCGCGACUCCCUGCUGGACAGCCUGGACGCCGAGGAGGUGGCGGCGGUGGCCGUGGUGGACGACAACCUGGAGAUCGUCCGCGCCGAGGCGGCCGCCGUCGCCAAGUGCGUCGCCGACAUCCACGCGCACAUCGGCGGGGAGACCACCUUCGAGAGCCUGAUUGAGACCUUCAACGAGGCGGUGCGCAGCAAGCCGUUCGUCGAGGUGGAGCCGGUCAGCAGUCCCACCGAGUUCACGGACUUCUCGGGCCCGUUCCAGCUCAUCAUGUGGAAGAAGAUGAUGCACGUGCUGCACACCAUGCCCCAGAACCUGACGCUGGACCCGGACACGGCGCACCCCAACCUGCACAUCUCGGACUUCGACACGAAGGUGGAGGAGCUGCGCACCCGCAGCCAGGAGCCCGACCUUCCCGUGCGCUUCACGCGCUUCUGCGGCGUGCUGGCAACGGCGCAGUACUGCGGCGGGCAGCACUACUGGGAGGUGGACGUGCGCGACAAGGGCGUGUGGUACCUGGGCGUCACCACCGAGGGCAGCAACCGCAAAGGCUUCGUCAGCCUGGCGCCCUCGGCCGGCUACUGGAGCCUGUGCCUGCAGGACCGCCUGUACGCCAACGGCGAGGACGGCCGCGUGCCCGUGGCCGACUACUGGAACUCGCCGCGCGUGGGCGUCUACCUGGACUACGACCGCGGGUGCCUCAGCUUCUACGACGCCGUCACCAUGAAGCGCCUGUACAUGUUCGACACGUGCUUCAUGGAGCCCGUGUACCCGUUCUUCAGCCCCGGCAAAAACGAUCCGGGCAGCCGGCUUUGCAUCUGCCACUACUACUGACGGCGAGAUCCUCGAUUCAAGCGCGGCGACGCCCACUGCGUCGGCCGACGGGUGACCAAAUGAAAUUGUUUUUUGCCGAUCAAAUGUUUCAAGACCAAUUUCUCACGAUGUUUUCUCUGUGAAACCGACUCGACGGGCUGCUCAUUUUUACGCAAACAUUUUAAUUAUCUGUUAUCUGUUCUACUUUUUGUGGUUUUAAGCAUUUUUGACUCCCAAAAUUAGCAGUCAUGUCAUACGGAGUUGAAUGUGAAAAUUUUGAUUAAAAGUUUCAAGUUUGACUUUU